UAAUGAAAUUUACAGCGCACCGUACAUGUAAUAACGUGCUUCGAUCACAAGCUCUUGGAAAUCAUAACAAUGCUGUUUACUCAUAAACACGAACGAAGAAUGUAAACAAAAAAAUUCCCAGAUGUCCACAGACAUCGGCUCAUUGCUCCUUGAAAACUGCAUUGUUGUACAUGUAUAAAAAAGUGAUAUUUUUCUCUAUCUCGGACAUCUAAGUAUCUUUUUUUGGUAUUCCAAAGUUCAAAGUAAACUGUGACUUCUUACAAGUGUACAAAACUGUAAUGCAACUGUCGUAUAUAAAAAACUGUGUAACUUACUGUAAUUAACGAAUGUCCUGAAAUGACUCCUAUUACAGAUAUAAACUUUGCAAAACCAAUAAAUCUUCGAAUAUUAUUAGAUGACGCAUUUUAAGGAGUGUUUAACAAUUCUUAUAAAAUUACGAAAAUUGUAAAUGAUGCAAUGACAGCAAAUAUAACCGAUGAUUUAUGCAAAAUAUGUGAUGGCAGAAUAGAAUGCGCGCCAACAGCUAUACUUCUGAUUUCUUUAAUUCACACAUUAUAUGGUCAUAUUGGUAAAGAGCCGGAUUACUUCAGAAAUAACAAAGAAGAAUUAACUAAGAGAAGCAAAAGUGAAGAAGAACUAUAUAAAAAACGUAAAUACAGGCCUUUUGGAUACUUUGAUAAUAUUAAUCGUGAGGAUAGAGAAGAAGAUGAAGAAGAGAAGAAUUAUGAAUUAAUUGAUGUUGAUUACGACUUCAUCAUAAUAGGAGGAGGAACGGCAGGUUGUGUAGUUGCGAGCAGAUUGUCAGAAAAUAGGAAAUGGAAGAUUUUACUGGUCGAAGCUGGCCCUGAAGAGCCUAAAAUAGCUCUAAUUCCAGGCCUUACUAGCGAAUUUCAAGGAUCUGCCUUAGACUGGCAGUAUACUAUGCGACCAAAGAAGGGGUUUUGUCAAAAUCAAGUUGAUAAAGGAUGUGAAGUUGUUCAAGGGAGAGUCCUUGGAGGCACUUCUUCUAUAAAUGAUAUGGCAUAUGUAAGAGGCAACCCUGCAGAUUAUGACGAAUGGGCUUUAAAUGGUAACGAAGGAUGGGCUUUCAGUCAAAUUCUUCCCUAUUUUAAGUAUUCUGAAGGAAAUUAUGACAAAGAUAUUUAUAAGAACAAAAUAUAUCACUCGACGCAAGGACCGUUGGAUGUUGGAAGAUAUCCAUAUGUUGACGAUAAUGUAGAUGUAUUAUUAAGCGCCUUUAAUGAACUAGGAUAUAAUUAUACAGAUAUUAAUGGCAGAAACCAAUUGGGAUUUAUGAGAAUUCAGACUAUGUCAUAUUUUGGUGAAAGGGUUAGCGCAUUCACAGCAUUUCUUGAACCUAUUAAGAAACUAAGGUCAAAUCUUGAAAUAGUUUCAGAAGCAUUAGUAACAAAUAUUAUAAUAGAAGAAACCAGAGAUAUUAUUAAAGCUUUAGGUAUAGAUUAUAUAAAAAAUGGUACAAAAUUUAGAGCGAGAGCUUUUAAAGAAGUAAUAUUAUGUGCUGGAGCAAUAAAUUCGCCAAAAUUGUUGAUGCAAUCUGGCAUAGGUCCUAGAGAUUACUUAGAAUAUUUAGAAAUUAAAACUUAUAAUGAUUUGCCUGUUGGAGCAAAUUUCCAUGAUCAUUUAUCAGUUUGUUUACCGGUUAUAAAGUUAACCAAAACAGCAACCACAUUUAAGUUUCCUGAGAAACUCAAAGAUAUUACUACUUAUUAUACUAAAGGCACUGGUCCUCUUUCGGCAAAUUUUCAAGUAAUGGCUUUUUUCGAAACUAGUAUUUCUGAUAUUUUGGGUACGCCCGACAUAGAGAUAAGAUUUAAAGGCCAUAAUUCCAAUAUGUAUUACGACAAAAUAGACAUGUGUGUAUCACUUUUAACGCCGAAGAGUCGUGGUCAAGUUAUGCUAAAUGCGACAGAUCCUAUAUUUGGAAACCCAUUGAUUUAUCCAAACUUUCUCAAAGAUCCUAGUGAUGAAAAGAAACUAUUAGAAGGAAUACAUGAAGUUGUAAAACUUUUUGAUACAGAAGUAUUCAAAACUGCAGAUUUUGAAUUCGAUCCUCGAUCUAUUUUAAAUAAUGAGUGCAAAAAUUACGAAAAAGUUUCUAAUGAAUUCUGGUCUUGCAUUAUUAGAUAUUUUUCUAGACCUUUACACAACUAUGUCGGAACUUGUAAAAUGGGCCCAAUGAAAGAUCCAGAAUCUGUGGUGGACAGUAAUUUAAGGGUUUAUGGAACAUUAAAUUUAAGGGUAGUUGAUGCAUCAAUUAUGCCAAAAAUAACAAGAGGUUCUACAGCUGCACCUGUAAUAAUGAUAGCUGAAAAAGCUAGUGAUUUAAUAAAAACAACUUGGUAUUAAGUAAUAACUUUAAUAAACUUUAAAUAAUAACUAUAGACAGGAUAAAACAAUAUUAUUUUAUCUAGUGUUAUAAUAAUAUCCUUU